UUGUCUCUGUCAUUCAGUACAUUUUCAGCUUUGGAGAGAGCUUGCCCAACAUCUUGUGCUUCAAAAAUCGAAAGAACCGUCCAAACUUGAUCACUUCGUAGGUGAAUCGUCUGAUAAAAUCAUGGAUUUUUGCCAGCUGCUGCACAAAGCGAAGAAAAACGAACAGAAUGGCUCCACUAGGGCAAGGUAUUACAGCACGAAAUUCGAGCCACCCAAGAAGCUUAAAAAAGAAAACAAAAACCUCUCUGCCAACAUCAAAAAGUUUCUGGCCAAAAAGGAGGCUGAAGAGCAGCAGAAGCUGCAGCUUGAGAACAGGAAAAAAGAAGAACUGCUUGCCCUCAGGGCACAGGACAAAAAAGCCACUAGAAGAGUGAACGUGAUGUUGAAGCGAACGAAAUCGGCCAACCAAUCUGUCUUGGAAGAGGCGGUAGAUAAAACCCAUACAGCCGUCACUCGUGCCGGACCAGAGCAGCCCGACGAAGACGACUAUGGCUACGUGUCUCAAGAAGCCUCAGCGUUGUACGAGAAAAUGAUGCAAAAGUACAGCGAAAUUCCCGAAGAGCCCAAAUUCAACUUGCUGAAGAAGAAAGUGAGCACGAAUCUGAACAGCACCAAGGACAGGGUGAAAGCAGCACUGGAUAAAGAGAAGGAUGACGCAAUGCAACCGCGUAAACGGAAGAGAAGGAAACACCAGGAAGGGGCUGAGGACAUCGACAAUGAGGAAAAGGGAGACCACGACCGAGACAGUCCAGUAGCCAAAGUCACGGCUAAACCUAAACCGAGACCAGCAGCACCUCCGCCGUUGAGUUUUCAAGAAUUGCUUCAAAUAGCGGCGCAAAAGCAACAUGAACCGGUCGUGAUUGAAGAGAAACCGCAGGAGGAGGAAAAACUGUACACAAAGAAGCAAAAACGGGAACUGGAAAAGGAACGAGAGUGGAGAGAGCACCGAGAGCGCAGACAGAAGGAAAUGGAAAAGGAAGCCGUCACACCAAAAGCGGGCGAUUCAAAAAUACUGGAAAGGCAAUUAACGAAGCCCUUGACCUCAAACAAGCCACCAAUUUCGUCAUAUAAACCUAGCGUUAACUUGCCAAAACGACCAGAAGAAAAAUCCAGCAAGAUAGCCGCCAACAGUGCCUUGAAAAGCUCACAUUCGUCCCACUCGAACGGAUCAAAACUUCCUCUGAAAUGCACUAAGCCAGUCGGCGCUUUGACUAAAGAAGGCCUGAAGAGGGAUGAGAACAGUGCAAGCAUAAAGAGCAAAACCAAGGAGUUUCCUCCCAGGGACCUUGUGCAAAAGGCAAAACCUAAAGAGUUUCCUCCGAGGGAAUUGAAACCUAAACAAUUUCCGCCAAGCGAUGUUAAAGGCGUAAAACGACCGAUGCCUAAGGUUUCAAAAGGUCGAAUUCUGGAUGACGAUGACUCUGAAUACGACUCCGAGUUGGACGAUUUUAUCGACGAUGGUCCCGAAGAGGGCGAUUACUCCACUUACAUCAAGGAAAUAUUCGGGUAUGAUAAAUCGCGCUAUAGAGAUGUGGACGAGGAUGUCGACAAUAUGGAGAGCAGUUUUGCUCAGCAGAUGAAAGAGGAAGUGAUCAGUGCCAAGAUUGGUAUUAAGGAAGAUCUGGAAGACAUGAAGAAAGAGGAGGAGGAUAAGAGACGGAAAGCAUUGAUGAAGAAAAAAAUGAAGCGUUGACCAACACUAGAAGGAUGUAGAUAAACCGCUCAGAGUGUAAAUAAUUAAAUUUCUUGUUGGGGUUAUAUUUGUUUUCUGCGUAUUUUUAAUUUGUCAAAAUGUUCUAGAUCUUAUUAAAGUUAAUUACUUAAUGUGAUAAAGCUAAUAGUUAAACACGUGUCAACUUUUAGGCAGUAAGACGACGAUCCGUUUUAUAUUCUAUAUAUAUAUAUGUUUCAGCAGCUAGUUUUUAUAUUUGUGAUAAAAAUAUAACAUACACAUAUACCAAUUAAUU